UUCGGCUUCGGCUUCGAAGCUCUUGACCCCUCUAUACCUUCUGCCCCCAAGGUUGUUCCCACCACCUUGAGGUCAUGGAUGCACGAUUUACUAGGGGGAAGUCAGCCAUCCUGGAGCGGUCACUAGCAAGGCCCAAGACGGAAGUGAGCCUGAGUGCAUUCUCCCUGCUGUUUUCUGAACUGGUUCAGUAUUGCCAGAAUCGUGUUUACUCCGUGGCAGAGCUUCAGGCACGGCUGGCAGAAUUGGGCCAGCAGGUAGGCGCUCGAGUGCUGGAUGGCCUGGCCACUCGGGAGAAGGGCGGCCGACGGGAGACACGGGUACUGGGUGCACUGCUCUUUGUCAAGGGUGCAGUAUGGCGAGCGCUCUUUGGCAAGGAGGCAGACAAGCUGGAACAAGCCAAUGAUGAUGACAAGACCUACUACAUCAUCGAGCGUGAACCACUCAUCAACACCUACAUCUCUGUGCCCAAGGAAAACAGCACACUCAACUGUGCCAGCUUCACAGCCGGUGUAGUUGAAGCUGUCCUCACUCACAGUGGCUUCCCUGCCAAGGUCACUGCCCAUUGGCACAAGGGUACCACUCUCAUGAUCAAGUUCGACGAAGCUGUCAUUGCCCGGGACCGGGCCUUAGAUGGCCGCUGAGCUGAGGACAGGCUAAAGGAGGAGAGGGCCAGGCCCUUCUUCAUACGUUGGAGCCAUGGUCCUUUGUACCCCUGGAUUGUUCCCAUUGCCAGAUGAACAACCCCCCUACCCUAGGCUUUCUACCAUGAUGUGAACCCUCAUCACUUCUCCUGGCUCUUGACUCUCUCUAUAGAUUCUGGUGCCAGGGAGUAUAUUCCCUGGUGUGCUCAGGGAAUAAGGGGCUCAGGUUCCUCUAGGCUUGACCAGGCUAACCUCUAUAGUCUGGGUUUGGCCUGUUUUUAUUUUUUUUUUCUCUGUCAUCUCCUGGAUGGUAUGGGCAUGAAUGGAGGUGGGAAGAGGGGUGGGUCCAUUCCUGUUACUCUGGCUUCCCUUAACCUUUGGUUUUUUUCUCUGCCUGUUUUCUUGGGGUACUCAGGGUAGGGGCUUCUUUACACUGUUAGUUGAGGAGACAGUGAGACUAACCAGGGAAGAAAGGCAGUUUCCCUUGAAGAAAUUCUACAGUCAUCUUGCCUGGACCCUCAUCUGCUCUUCAGAAGCAGUGUUGGGGGAUAUCUGUUUUGAGCAGGGGUUGGCAACCUAUGGCUCUCGAGCCAUAUCUGGCUCCACCUCCCAACCGGCCAGUCCAGGCAGAGC